AAGCUAGGUCAUUAGCAAUCAGUUGUGUAAAAGUCGUAGUUACAGACAGCAAUAUAUAUCAACCUGACCGUCUCCAACCUUUUUUGUCGAAUCGCGCACUUGAUAGGGCGGAUCGUAAAUUGCUGAAACUGAGGUUUUAUCGCGUGUUUAUAAUGACUGACCUGAACAAGAGUUAAUGCUAACGUUAGCUUGUUAGCAAGCCUGCUCGUCCACUCCAACCGGCCCCCCGCUGCGGCUCCGCACCUGACUGCCCAUUUAGGAGAAUAACACGAACGCGAGGAAUCCGUAACAGUACUUCUACUGUACUGCUGGGGUUGGUUUCUCUGUGUCUUUCAGUGAAGAUGUUCCUGGUGGGGCUGACGGGAGGCAUCGCCUCAGGCAAGAGCGCAGUGUCUUCGAUGCUGCGGGAGCUCGGGUGCCCCAUUAUCGAUGCAGAUGUCGUGGCCAGGAAAGUUGUGGAGCCGCACACUCCGGCCUAUACCCGCAUCGUCUACCACUUUGGGCCAGAGAUCCUACUCGAGAACGGAGAGAUCGACAGGCAGAAAUUGGGGCAGCUCAUCUUCGCCGACGAGGAAAAGAGGAAGCUGCUGAACUCCAUCACCCACCCGGAGAUCCACAAAACAAUGCUCAAAGAGAUCCUGCUGUACUUCCUAAGAGGUUACCGCUACGUGGUGCUGGACGUUCCCCUUCUCUUUGAGACCAGACGCCUCACUAAGUUUCUAAACCACACAGUGGUGGUUUACUGUGACCCUGCCACCCAGCUCUCGCGCCUGAUGCAGAGGGACGGCCUCACCCAGGAGCAGGCGGAGCGGCGCGUGGCCGCGCAGAUGCCGCUAAACGAGAAGCGCGGCCUGGCCAAUCACGUCGUGGAGAACUCGGGCGGCCGCGAGGACACGCACCGGCAGGUCCUGAGGUUGCACACGAAGCUGGAGGACUCCAUGGACUUCAUCUUAGUGAGGGUCGUCGCCAUCGCCGCCACUACCGGCCUGGGCGGGAUGCUGCUGUACGCCGCCAAGAUACUUUUGUCCUAACGGCAGAGUUAGGAGGGGGGGGGGGUGUAGGGGGUCCACGAUGCGCGAAUAGAAGCAGGCAACGUCGCAGCGGGAGGUCCUGCGGUGCAAUUUGCUGUGAGAUUAGUUUCACAGCACCCGCCACUACAGCUCAGUGGUGGGACGCGCUCUGUUUCGUUGACUCAAAAGUCUCUGAGUGUGGUUUAGUGAGCGAAGGGCUGAGUGUGCAAUACCAGUUGGUUUCGCCCAGAGACGUUGAAAACAUGAAUGUGACACAUUAGAUACGGGGAUCGAGAUUUGGGGCCUAUGAGCGGUUUAUUUUGAUGAAGCAGUUGUCACAGAACUAACAUCAGUUUAAAAAAAAAGAAAAGAAAAUAGGAUGUUUUUUCUUCUUGUUUUUGUUGCACCUUUUAUACCCUGUGAAGAUCUCCAAAUGGAACAUUUGGACUUUUAAAUUGGUUGUGAUUUUCAUCGUAGAAAAAAAGGAUAAGAUGCCUCCACAACAUGUUGUGAUUGUAUAAUGACGUUAAUAAUGAAGAUAAAUGACAGAAUGUAUUUGACAAUCCCGUUUGAAUGAGAACAUAGGAAAUAUACAUACGUUUACAGACUAUAUAUCGCACUGUAUUUUCUUACACUUAAUAUAAUACUAAAACUUUUUCUGUGCACUCUCACUUGUAAAUAAAAAACAUUUGAAUCA